CUCUGUUUUUUCAGGAUGGUCGAGGCGGUGGGCAGCGUCUCCAAGAUCGUCGGGAUGGCGCUCAAGAUCAAGGAGGCGGCCAGCACGGUCCACCAGAACAAGAAGGACUGCCACCACAUCAAGAGGCGCGCCGACAUACUCGACAAGACGCUCUCGCACCAUGAGAACAACACGGAGCUGAUGGAGGACUCGGCGGUGACGGCCGCGCUCGAGGCGCUCGACGAGAUACUCGGCGAGGCGCUCGAGGUCAUCACCGAGUGCCAGCAGGAGAGGUGCGUCUUCUGCGCUUUCUACACCGCCGGGAAGCUGUCCCGGAAGCUGGGAAAGGUGGAGCAGCGCAUAUCGUACCUCAACUCGGACGCGAUGCUCACGAUCAUGAGCUACCAGCUGCUCAGGAAGUUUCAGGCUGGUGCUCCACAACAUCCACCACCACAGAUUUACUCUUCUGGUACACACACACCAUUGCAACCACCGAGUCGGACACAAAAGAUGUCGAAACAAAAUCAAGAUGAAGCCAACAAGCGAGCUCGGCCCCAACAGAUGUCAAAAUUAUAUCAAGAUGAAGCCAACAAGCAAGUUCAGACCCAGAGACCAAGGCCCCAGGUUCCCAAGUUUGGAGAUUGGGACUCGCACCAUGCGGGCCGCUUGGACCAGCCGGAGAGCUAUCAGAGAAGCUCCAGGAAGAGUUGCACACCUAACCCUGAGUCCGGGGCGAUAAAUAUUUAAUUUUUGUUUCCUAGCGUGUAUAGUAAACAUGCGUGUUUAUUUAUACUUUCAAAAAAUGAUGCGCCACAUAAAUGAUUACAUAUGCAAGUAUGUGAAAACCACUGAGUCAUUGUCUCCGCCAAAAAAUUUCCAUAACAACGGACAAACCACCAGCUUUCCGUUCGGUCACACAUUAGCUCUUCCAUAAAAGUUAUCAUUCAGAAAUAGGUAGUGUCAAGGGGGAAGUGGUUUCACCACGUCUCAAGGGCGACAUGCUACUUGUUCAAGGGGACAUGUUGCUCGGGGCCCACCCUGAGUUGGACGAACCCUUUAGGCGUACCACUCCUGGCUUCGUUUGAAAGAGUCGUGCAAUUACCAAAACAGAGGAGCCCGUGACAUGCAAACAGAAGAGUCAAGGACAUCAAGGUCUUCCUUGUGCGACAAUACGAUGGCCAUUGACCAAGACCAAGACCCCUAUAUAACGUAGCAAGACAGAGGGGGGGGGGGGCUUGAAACUCUCAAAAAAAACCUAGAAGCAUAGUUUAGACGAUUAGUAAACUCUCGACAUCCCCCUGAGACCAUCCACUUCCGAUCCUGGCGACUUGACAUCCAACUCGGCGGAUCACAAUAUUGUUAUGUCUUGUAAUCACCCCUACAAUGUGAUUCCAUAUAAGCAGGACUAGAAGUAGUUAUUUUUCAGUCAAUACUCUUAGACAUGUGAUCUUUUCAUCUAUUUGUACUAGCAUAAAUCUCAAUGAUCAAAUUGGAUGAUUCUUAGUGUCGACUUAGAUAUAGUUAUGUUUCUCAAUAUCACUAGAUAAAUAGCAAAAUUAUAUCUAUAUGUACCUCUACAUACAUUAUGUGACUAGUAAUAUCCCCAUCCCCCAAAAUACAUGACACUGAAAAUUUUAAAUUCCUAGGUUCCGAAGUUUGGAGUUUGGAGCUUGCCCUAUGCGGACCAGGCGGAGGGAUUUUCUUUAAUCUUUAAUAAAUGCAGGGCUAAUAGGCCGGGUCCGGUAAAGUCUUCAAUUUAUUUUCCUAGCAUGUAUAGUAUACAUGUUUGUCUACUUGUACUUUCAAUUAAAACUUAAUAUGCACCAUAUAAUUUUAUAUCUGCAAAUAUGUGAAAACUACCGUGUCGUUGCCUCCACCAAUUUCUUCUCCAUAACAAUGUGACAACCACCAUCUUUUUGUUCGGUCAUAUGCUCGGUUCCAUAGAAGUUGUUGUCUAGAUAUAGUUAGAGUAAAAAAAUUAAUCUUUUGUUACUAGCAAUAUGUAAAAUAUUAACCAAAUAUGCUUGUUAUGCAUGGAUUUGCAUUGGAAAGGAUGUUCACAUUAUAUAGUAUGAAUCUUGCUCACAAAAUAAAUUAAUUGACAAGUCCUUCGGAUACAACAAUAAGACACAAGUCAUUAAAAUAGUUGUAUCAAAACAUAUUUUUAGUGCACAAGAUAUGGCUUAAAAUUCAAUGCCCUUAAUUUGUCCAACUAGUAGCUGGUACACUAAGAUAAGUCCCUACUUUUAUGAUUUGUACGCUGGCACACUAAAUUUGUCCUAAGGAGUAUAUAAGUAAUAGUAACAUUAAUAGAGUCCGUUCCCCAACCAUCCCCUGUUGGUCAGAUGGCCGGUCCACCGCGGAGCCUGGUACAGAAAAUUGUUGAAGCUGUGCGCAACAUCAGAGAAGCAUUGGAGACGGUUCUCCAGAACAGGGAUGAUUGUGUUGAGAUUAACAAUCGUGUUAACAAAGUUAGCACCGUCCUCUUGCUGCUUUAGGAUACAAAGGUGGUGGGCGAGCCGGCGAUGCGGGGUACCCUGGAGAAGCUCCUCGUGACCUUCUCCCAUGCCCACGCGCUUGUCACCUCUUGUCAAAGAAGGUGCCUCAACAUCGCGUGCCUUUCUAGCCCGCCUGGUCGACUGUCCAGACAGCUACACGAGGUGUUGGAUCAGAUGGUGUCUAACAUCGAUGACAUGACGGACAGCAUCCUAAAAUACACCAAUGCGCCAGAGACGUCCUAGGUCAAUCCUAAGGUGUAGAAAGCUUUCAACGAGGAAGAUGAGGUAUAUGACAGGCGAUGGACUCGGGUUACUACAUGUGAAGUUUAUAUAUUUCCUGUGUAUUUUACUCUUUUUUAUUUUCAUGAUAUGUAAGGAAACAUGAUGGUGUGUGUAAGGUGUAUAUUGUGUCGAUGAUAGUCAUGGUGGAAUCAUUUGCAAAUCAA